AGCAUUACUGGUACAGCGCGAGACCAUUUCCAGUGCUGCCAUUGGAGGAACUGUAGUUUGCACUUCUUCCGGUUGCCAGCUUUUUCUCCCGCAGCAGCAAGUCGUUUGUUUUGCGUGCGAACGAAAUCGUCUCUUUUGCAAUUUACUGUGUUCUCCUCAAAACACAAUACGACCAAUUGGUUGUACUGCUGAUCAGUCGGAAAAAGUACCAUUUUCGGUGUCUCUUGUCGAUUUGAAAGCAGCUUCGGUCAGUGUAUUCUUUAAUCAUGACUUUACCAAGGCGUAAAUUUCGGAGCGCUUGGUUCCUGUAUCAAGUGCUGGUUCAAGGUUUGUCCGUUAGUAGAUGUCUGGUCUGGUCGGCGGAUAGUGAUACCAGCAGUCUUACGCCUUGCGCCAUACUGGGCUCUUUACGGAGUCAAAGCAGCCACGCAGCGGUUCCAUCGGAGCCAUUGUUCGCCCAACCGCGUGGUUUGCAAGAGUCAUCCCAACCGGAUUCGUUCCUACCCACUGACGAGCUACCCCAAUUUCGACUCGACUUGCCGGCUUUCCAAGUUUUCCUGUCACCGACGCCAUACGAAUUUGAUACAGAGACACUGGAUGACUUGUACGGCAAGAUUGAGAGGACCUUGUGGAAACGAUUCGAAACGUCCAAUCUGUCACGCAAUGUGCUCUUUCGAUACUUACUGUUGAGUGACAUCCGCUUGGAGCAGUUUGUAAACGACACUUCCAUUGUCUCGCUGGGCACGGGAGUCGUCGCAUAUUUGGGGAGUGAGGAUUCCAUAGAAAUGGAAACAAGCAGCGCCAAUGGCACGCAGACGCGCAAAUCGCUCUUGGCCAUGAUUGAAGAAGCCAUCAAUGGGCAAUUGGUAGAGACGUUGCAAAGCUCACCAUUAUUCGAAUUUAUUCAAGUGGCGCGAUUUGUUUCCGAAAAUAACCGCACUGAUGAACCCACUCCGAACGGGGUACAAACAGAUGAUGGCAAAGCUUCGGCCUCGGCCUCCAAUGUUAAUGUUGGUUUGCUGUCGGGUGGUAUUGUAGCAUGUGCGGCAUUGAUAGCACUGGUCGGUCUUUUUAUUUACAGGAAGCGAGAUGCUGCCGCACAGAUUGUCGUGGUUGAUCCUGACGAAUACAAUGUCAAACAAUCGUGGAAAAAGGACGAAGACGUUGCAACCCUCGGUUCUAGUUUUGAUCAGUCCCCGCCCGCAACUCCAAGCCAAGAAUCGGCACCACCUCUCUUCCCAACUUGUGACCAGUCGCUGGUGGACGAGAGCGAAUCCGACGCCUUCACCGUGCUCACGGAAGAUGGGGACUGCUCCGUUAUUAAGUCCUUGGCGGAGCAAAAAUCCCACGCCACUGGUGUGCCGCUCCGUUCGAUCGUUACCACCGAAACUUUUGAGCGAGAUCGUGUGGUUCAGGUACGGAAAGACAUGCUGACGUCUCCCUGGACUGGGCGAUUGCCUUCAUUACGAAACAGUUCAACUGGGAAAAGUUCUGUAUCGUCGCAUUUAGAUGUGACUGAUGAAGAGCAACAUCGACAUCCUCAGCGCCCUGGUGUCGCAUCUUCGCGAGACUUGUCGCGGCACGUUGAUCUACCGCCAGAACCGUUUGUAUCUGAUGCUUUUGCCCAAGUAAAUGAAGGUGAAGAAGAUUCAACUGUAGAUGCUUUGGUGUAA